AUGCCGUACACACCGUCUGGCUUUUUCUGUGACCGGUUGAUCCGGGAAAGAGAGCGGCGAGACGGGGAAGGGUCUCUGAACAAGCCGCUCCGCUUCAACGGCCAGGACUUCAACGCGCUGAGACACGAGUGCCUCCAGAAGAAGAGGCGGUUUGAGGACGACUCGUUCCCGGCCACCGUGGAGUCCCUGGGCUUCAAGGAGCUCGGACACAAGUCCAACAAGGUCAAGAACAUCGUCUGGAAGAGGCCCAAGGAAAUAUGCGAGAGCCCUCAGUUCGUGGUCGGAGGAGCCAGUCGGACGGACAUCUGCCAGGGAGAUCUCGGUGACUGCUGGUUGCUGGCCGCCAUCGCCUGUCUCACCUUGAAUGAGAAGCUUCUCUACCGUGUCGUUCCCCUGGAGCAAAGCUUCUCCGAGAGCUACGGAGGCAUCUUCCACUUCCAGUUCUGGCGUUACGGCGACUGGGUCGACGUCGUCAUUGACGACCGCAUCCCGACCUUCAACAACCAGCUGGUCUUCACCAAGUCCGCUGAGAGGAACGAGUUCUGGAGCGCGCUGCUGGAGAAGGCCUACGCCAAGCUGCACGGCUCCUACGAGGCCCUGAAGGGAGGGAACACCACCGAGGCCAUGGAGGAUUUCACCGGUGGAGUCACAGAGUUCUACGAGAUGAAGGAAACUCCCAAAGAGCUCUACAAGAUCAUGAAGAAAGCUCUGGAGAGAGGCUCCCUCAUGGGCUGCUCCAUCGAUUCUCUGGUUCCCGCUCGCUUUGAGACUCGUACUGCGACGGGACUCGUGAAGGGUCACGCCUACUCCUUGACGGCGGUGGAGGAGUGCAAACCGUCUCAGCACAAGGACUCCAAAUUCCGUCUGGUGCGUCUCAGGAACCCGUGGGGUCAAGUGGAGUGGAAAGGUCCCUGGAGUGACAACUCGAAGGAGUGGGCCACGCUCUCUACGGCGGAGAAAGAGAAGCUGCAGCACCAGAGUGCCGAGGAUGGAGAGUUCUGGAUGUCAUUCGAGGACUUCAAGAAGAACUACACCAAGAUCGAGAUCUGUAACCUCACGCCCGACGCCCUGGAGGACGACAAGAUUCACAAGUGGACGGUUUCUGUGAACGAGGGUCGCUGGGUGAGAGGCUGCUCGGCCGGCGGCUGCAGGAACUACCCAGGCACGUUCUGGACCAACCCCCAGUACCGCCUCCGUCUGCUGGAGGAGGACGACGACCCCGAGGACAACGAGGUGGGCUGCACCUUCGUCGUCUCGCUGAUGCAGAAGAACCACCGGAAAGAGCGCAAGUUGGGCGCCAAUCUCUUCACCAUCGGAUUCGCCAUUUACGAGGUGCCAAAGGAGAUGCACGGGAACAAGCAGCACGUGCAGAAGGACUUCUUCCUGCUCAACUCCUCCACGGCUCGCUGCAAGUCGUACAUCAACCUGCGCGAGGUCACCCAGCGCUUCUGCCUGAGCCCCGGGGAGUACGUCAUCGUGCCCUCCACCUACGAGCCGCACAAGGAGGGCGAGUUCAUCCUGCGGGUGUUCUCCGAAAAGAGGAACACCUCCGAGGAGAUAGAGAACAGGAUCGAGGCCGACCAUCCCGUGCCGGCGCCGGCCUCAGUGGGGGAGGAGAGCGAGGAGGACCAGCAGUUCAGGAAUAUUUUUCAGGAGAUACCUGGAGACGUGACUGAAGACAUUAAAUUGCUGGCUUACGGUGUAAAUACAGAAAUCACAGCCAACGAACUGAAAGACGUCCUCAACCGAGUGCUCAGCAAACGUAUGGACCUGAACACAGAGGGCUUCAGCCUGGAGAGCUGCAGGAGCAUGAUAGCUCUGAUGGACAUGGACGAGACAGGUCGACUCAACCUGCAGGAGUUCAGACACCUGUGGAAUAAGAUCAAGCAGUGGCAGGGAAUCUUUAAGCACUAUAACGCCGAUCAGUCCGGCAGCAUCAACAGUUACGACAUGAGGAACGCCGUCAACGAUGCAGGCUUCCGUCUCAACAACCAGCUGUAUGACAUCAUCACCAUGCGCUACGCCGACGAGAGCAUGAACAUCGACUUUGACAGCUUCAUCAGCUGCCUGGUCCGGCUCGAAGCCAUGUUCAGGGCGUUCCAGGCCUUCGAUUCGGAUGGAGAUGGUACGAUCAGGCUCAGUGUCAUGGAGUGGCUCCAGUUGACCAUGUACGCCUAAGACAGGCCGCCUCCCCCCAGGUGAGCUCCUCCCACACGACGACCCGCCGGCCGGCGCCUCGGUAUCCAUGCUGCCCGAUUGUCAUUGGCUCUCAUCCACUUCACCUCCGCCC